GUGUGUGCAUUCCCGAGACGCGACCCGGAUACAAUCUUUGAAAGGGGUGGGGGUUCUUUGUUGCUACAUUCAACAGACGCCAAGCUCUUUGGCAGGCUUUGAAGGCCGCACACUGGGUUAUGUCAGACAACUUUGCGAAGCUUCGCAAACAACUAGACAACACGCCUGUGCCUGUGAUUUCACUUCGAGCUUCAGACACGAAGCGGCUGUGACGCCUGUUAAACGGUGAGCGAGCCCUCGGGUUCUCAGGUGCAAAACCUCACUUUCCGAGCUACCGUUAUAGCUUAUUGCCUUGAAGCUUCAGUGUUUGUUUUGGUUUUGGCGGAUCAGAGAUCGGUGUGAGCACGAGUGCCCGCAGUAUGUGUCCGGACAACUCGGCGAGUUCUCAAACUAUUCUGAGCUGACCCCAAAAGGUGAAACGUCGUGGUGUGCUAUACAUCGUCUCUGGCGGCCACGGUGACAUUAAUACUUAGCAAAUACAUAUCCACGCGGUCGGGUAUCAGCGAUAUGUUUUCCCCUUGUCCUCAUUGUGUAUCAACAAGGGUACUACCAGAGGUGACACUGCUAGCGCCGCUGUGGCAGAAGGAAUAAUCCCAGCUCGACAGCACUCCACGCCCCAAGGUGUGCGCGCGUGGCACUGAACAGUAAGAUAACCUUUUAUUCUGGACCGUAACCCUACAUGAAGAAUGAAGAGGUCGCCACACUUGCACGCAUAGUUUUACAAAACCUUUAAUCGCCAGCUCUGUAUAUCAGAGUCGAUUCUUUGGCACAAGUUCUUAUUGAGAUCAGAUGUUUGACAGCUCCGAACCUAGGAGUUUAUUUCAUUCUCCGGGCUAGUUGACUGAAGGUAGGGGAACCUCUCGACACAGCGCCCUUACACCUCCACAACAGCGCCACCUACUUGGGUCAAGUCGGAGGUUCCAGACACGCUUCGAUAAUCCUGUUCACGCCGUCUUCUCGCACGACAACGGUGCAGGUGAGCGUGGCCUCGUUACCUUGAUCGAGCAGGUGGCCUUGUAAGCAACGACCAACUUCCUCCCUUCGCUACAUAGUUCUGCAGGCAAGGUGUGAGUACAGUAGACAGCCGCAGCACGUGUGGUAUCGUUCACGGUGCCAUGGCAUCAAUGAUCCCGACAAUCAGCUUGACAGACUCGUGCGAACAAACUGUUUAGUGUUCCACGCCAUGUGUUUUAAAAAAAGCAAUACCAGACUUUUUGAAGAUUACAUUAAUCGCUUGCUGGGUAUAACCUCCGGAAUUCCGGUGGUCGUUUUAUCCGGUUGAGGGGCCUCGGUGCUGCGGAACAGGGCAUAGUCAUGCUUCCUCCUGACAACUCCCUACAGACACAGUUGCUGCCGUUCGUUGCGAACCCAAACCAGCCAAAGCAGGUCGCUGUUUUAGAGGCUUGAAAAAAAAAAGUAACAACCGAAAAAUACCUGGAUUCUGUGCGCCUUUCACCUCCCUUACCGUGAGAACAGGUGCAGUUGAAAGGAGCAGUGCACGCGUUUCUGCUUCAGGCGCCGAGGCAGAGCGUGGCGGGGAAGACCGACAGCGCUCUGCAUACCUGAUGUCCAUCGGAGUGCGACUGGGGUCAGGCUUGUGACGUCACCGCCCUCACCGUACAGCAAACAAGUUGCCACACAUAGAACUUGUGCGCAGUGAGAUAAGCACUUUGACAGAAAACUGCCUUGGAGGCCAGCUAAAUGCUGCUUGAAAUUUACCACUGGAUAACAGUAUGAGUUUCUGCAAUCUCUUCUUGGAUUUUCGCGGUCUUUCACAUUGCUUUCAAGUCGUGAAUUGAGUGGUACCAAGGAGCUUCUGUUUUGUACGUGUAUUUAUUUAUUUUUUAGUGUUUGGUCCGUUCCUGGAACAUAGUGCAGCUUGACUUGCAAUAUAUUGUGGAAAAUAAAGUUGGACAUUUGGCACCCCUCUUUUAGUGACAAAUGUUACUUUGUGCAUAGACCAACGCAAGUCGCGGAUUUCGCGUGUAUUUUGACAAUUUUAAAUGUUCAACAACAACAACAACAACAACAACAACAACAACAACAACAAAUGUCACCGGAAACGUGUAUAAACAACUAAAGUCGUGUAAGACUUACGAGCUUCGCGAAGUAUUGAGCAGCUGAUACACGGCUUAUAUGCUGAUAUGUAAACAUAGCCGCGAGCAAGGGAUCAAGUUCAAGGCUAGGUGACAAUCGUUCAAUAAUGGAGACAUUAAUCGACGACCCGCCGGCCAACCAGGAUGGGGAGGACGCUGAUCUCUGCCUCAAGAACCUGUCCGACUUCAAGGAGUUGUGCAAGUCUGUGGCGUCCUUGCUUCACAUAGAGGACAAGGCAGCGGCGGCCAUGUUGACAGAGCCCCUGUCAGGUCGCCGUAACCUUGUGGAAGGUCUGGACGCGAAGGCCAUCCUGGACUACCUGACGCAGCACGGCGUUCUAGACGCAGACACAGUGCAAUCACUGCGCAGCACCGACUCCAUGACCCAGCGCAAUGCAUCGCUCCUGCAGCGAGUAGAAGAGGAGGGUCACAACGCAGUGGCCCUGUUCAUUAACGCCUUGCGACAGUCUGGACAGCUUCACCUGGCUAGCUCACUCGACAAUACGCAAAGGAUAAAGCCCAUGUCUGGUUCAGGCUACUGGGAGAAGCAGCGACACAAAGGCCAGGUGACCAUCCAGAUAAAGGUCAACAAGUUCCGCAUUGUUGUGCCAGAAAGAGACACACAUGGUGAUGUCAUUGAUGCCUCCAUGUUGGCAUCACCUCAGAGGCAUGGUCUUGACCUUGAUCAACACCAUCAUCAGUCUUAUGAAAACAUGGAACUGCUUGAAAGCCCAGACCUAGCAAUACAACGAUCUGUUCGUAUUUACGAUUACCCUUAUUCCGUGGAUGAUGAAGAAGAGAGGCCUGUAGGAAAGAAAUCCUUCUUUUGUUUUUGUUUCCCUAGAGCUGCAAAGAAGAAAAAAUCUAAGGAGAAAAAAUAUUUAGAGCAGCAGGAACUGAAGCUGAAAAGAUCUUUUCAGCCUAACCCUAGAGACAAUGAGGAUGUCUCCAGGGACAGCAGUGGCAUGAAAGUGGACAAGAACAAAAGAGUGAGGUCCCCUGAAAAAGAUAUUCAUGCAAGAAUCAGCUCUUCCCAAGGAGAAACCGGGGAGGUAACUUUGGGAGGAGAUUAUCGCCGAAAAAAAAUACAAAGAAUGAAAGAAAAUCCCACAGUGGAAGUGGUAGCAAACUUUGAACAAGAGAAACAGUCUGUGAUAAUGGAGUACAACAAAAAAAUGGAGCUAGUUAAGCUCAGGGCCCAAACACAUAAAGACAAAGCUGAUGGGAAAGGAGAAUCAUCAUCCCCUGUGAUUAUGUGUGAAAAAUGGAAGUCUGGUGGUCGGUACUUCCACAAAAAAUUACAAGCCUUCUGUGAGCUGUUUGAGUUUGAGCUCCACACACAUAUAAUAAAAUACUUUGAACAGGAUCGUGGAACUUUGGUGCUUCAAGUCUGGACUGAUGGUAGUGCCAUGUACAUCUACAACAUCUGCCUUACAGUAGAGCAAGUUCGCCAACUGCAAAAUGACUUUUCAAGUGGAGUUCUUGCUAAACGCUUGGACAUUCUUCUAAGGUCCAACGGCAGUCUCGAGAAAUUAGACAUUAAAGAUGCAGACUGGGGGGUAACAAUAGAUGACGAUCAGUUUCGACAAGCACAUCAGGACUUGGCCUAACAGUGACCUUUAGACAGUGGCCCUUACCUCUUCCACUCCCAGAGGUUUGAAUUAAAUGAUCAGGACUUGCAUGCAUGAGUCCCCUGCUAAAAAAUGCACUCCUUCUUGGUGAGAGAAAAUUACUUGUCAGUGCCUAGAGAGUGCUGGACUGUAGACAAAAGUGAUGUGGAUAACUCUAAGCAAGAAUUGUGAGUGUUGCAUAAAUGAGAGUUUUUAUCUAGUUUCACAAUUUGUGACUAAGGUGCUUUAUUGCAUCCCUCUCUCUUGGUCAUCUUGGUCGAGUACUCUAUCACUUGAUGCUGUGACUUCACACUGUUUUCUUGAUGUUCAACCUGAAAAACCUGCUGGACUCGUGUGUUAGAUUAAAAAUUUUAUUUCAAGUAACAAAUUUAGUUCUGUGGUUCAUUAUAGAUAUUUUCAGUUUUUGACAGUAUAAUACAUUUACUGUUUAGCUUGGUGUGUUAGAUCUCAAGUCAUGUUAAAAAUGUUCGCCAGAGUAAGCUUUCAUAAUCCUUAGAGCAUUUGUUAAUUGUUAUCUAGUGUCUCCUUAAGAGGGAGAUGGAUGGCAUUAUCUCAUUCAGCUGUUUAGAAAUACUUGGAGUUUUUUAUAGCCCACAGCUUCCUGUCUUUUUUUUUAAGGUCAAUUUUUCUCUAUCAACACAUAAGUUUUCCCCACGCAUGCAUUGAUGUGCACAAAAGCACACAGUUCCAUUCAUGCAUUAUGCAUAAAUGAAUUCACUGUACUAAGUAUGGAUAGGAAAAGGCAAGGGUCUCCUAGCCUUUGCAGCAGUGAACUGUAAGUGAUUUAUCACAUUUAGGACAUGGGGGUAUGAAAGGCUGAUACGAACCCUCUCUUUUUAUUGCCUUUUUUAAAUCCUUGUAAAUUAGGUACUCAUCUGCUGGGUGGACACGGGGAACUUUAGCAAGCCUUAAACUAGCAACCUUCUAUUGUCAGGUGCACAAACCAGAAGCCCACAGAGCAUCUCUACUUUAUUUAGAAGUUGUUGUGAUUUCUGUAGUGGUGUACACAGAAUUUGACCAUUGUCUGUUUGGUGAUUUUUAAGAGUGAGGUUUGUGUCAUCUAAAGUGUUGUUGUUGUUUAGAGUUUGUACAUAUUUUGCACUUGAUUGUCCACUAAAUAGCUGCAUGUCACCUACGUUCCUGAAAGAGUUUUAACAUGCUGUUUUAUACAUGCUGAGCAUGUGGGUUUUGACUGUUACAAAUAAUUGAGGCUAAUUCAUUUCUUGUAGAGUACUGUGAAGCAUCGUUUUAUUGUUGAAUUUUAUCUGGCAGAUCCUAGCUUAUAUGGUAAAUAUUUGUGCUCAUUGUUUUCCUCUGUAUUUGUUUUUUCUUUAAAGAUCAACACAAAAUAAAGGGCUCCUUACAAGUAUAUUGUUUUACAAAUAUAGAAUACUUUUGUUGACGUUGUUGAAGUCUAAUGUGCUGAGAUGUUGUGUGAUUUUGGUUUUAAAUGGGCAGUAGCAUAAAUGUGAUGACACCCAAUCAGGCCUUACCAUGUCCUUCAGACUUCUGACAGGUGUUUGAAAAAGAUUGAAAUGAUAUGCCUUAAAAGAUUGGGUACAGUGUUGUUUGUGUGCUUAGUGUAUUUUUGGAAGAAAAUUGAAAUGACACCAGUGGUCUUCCUGGAGGGGCUCACAGCAUUUCCUAAUAAAUAUCUACAGUUACAUCAGUCUGUAGCUUGGCAUAAGAAGUGUAUGGUAUUCCUGGCAUAGAGCUUUUUAGAAUUGCUUGGUGCUUAUCUGCUGUUGUAGCAUGGAAAGAAAUGUGUUCUGACUCACUGUGCGCUGAGUCUGUUUUAUUGUAGAAUAAAGAGAAUGCAUGUAGAUGCACUUGCAUACUCUUAACCUCUUGCUUACUGGCAAUAAGGUAAAAUGAUGAAAAUAAUAAAAAGCUGAAUAAAUGGUAAAAAUGACUACUGCAAAUAUCAUGCACUCUAAACGCUGCUCAGCAUCUAAAUCUGAACACAUUUGUGGAAAUUUAAAAAAAAAGCAAAAGAAAUACUCCUGUUUCACACUAGACUGUCAGCAAGAGAGAUCAAGGUAUUUAUCUUGCUUAGUCUGGUCUGGUACUGCAACUAGACUUAAGUUUUAAGCAAGGAUGAGGAAUUGCAGUAUCACUGUGUCAGAAGAUUACUGCUGCUCAUGAUUAAUUUGGCUGGGCAGAACAAUGCUGCAGAAACUUGCUAGGGAGCUUGUCACAGGCGGGAAAGAUACAGUGGUAAGGUAUAAUCCUUGAGGUCAACUGGACAGCUUCCCAUCUUGUACUGUUUCAUUGAACUGCAGUAGGAACCUGCUAGGGAAUGGUAUAAUCCUAUUGAGGAUGAACCAGACUGCAGGGCAGAGUUGGGUGUAUUCCACCAUAAAGCUGUAGUCAGUCACAGGAUUGCUGCUAAACUUUUCCUUGUAUUUAACUUGAGACUGGUGGUUGCUUUUCAAACGUGUUUGGGCCAGUUUUGCUUUCCUUAUUUUAAACAAAAAUUGCAGCUGUUUUUGAAGAGAAUUUUAGCAAUGUUAGCAUCGUGCUUUUUAAAAGUUUACUUUCUGCUUAACCAUUUAAAAAUUCUUUAAAGGCCAGUACUUGGUCAUAUAGUUAUUUUUAUAUGCAUGCUUACAUUUGUUACUUCAGGCUUCCGUGGCAAAAUAAAUGCUUAUGUGUACAGCCACAAGUAGUCAACCACUGAUCACUCUCAAUUUGUAUUUAUCAAGAUAACAAAUCGCCCAAAGAAAAUGCUUUGCUUGUUUAACAUCAGGCAUAGCAUGAUAUUGUUCCUAUCAGAACAUGGUGCUCAUUGGAACAUGUUUGUCUGAGGAUGUUUAUCAUCGAAACCCUCAUGAGUGGAAGUCUCCAUGGCAACCAGAUGAUUUUUGCAUGUCAGUAAAUUUGUCAGCUAUUCAGAUGAUUUUUGCAUACUGUGUUCUGUUUUGAUAAAAGGCAUUACUUUUUGAUGAAUUUUCUAUGAAAAUCAUUUAAACCAACAGUUUGCUUGAAUAAUUGAUAUGCUAUGCCAGCAAUAUUGGACAAUUUUGCUCUUAGCUAUCUAAUGCAUUCUUUGUAACAUUAACCACUUCAUCAGGAGAUUGCUGCUAAUGAAUGCUUGAAUACAUUUCUCUUCCUUGGUGUUUUGUAAUAAGAGGGGAAAUGCAGUGAAGAAAUAGAAUGAGGACAUUUCAGAGAAUGAGACUGUGACUCAAGUAAGCUAUGGAAACUUAUUAAGCUACAAGUGCAAAUUGCUGGAUGUCUUGUGUGAAUGUUUUGUUUAUAAGAUUGCAUGACAGCAGCAUUGUCAGAAGUAUUUGUUGCUUAAAUUUCAUAAUUAACCAUCUCUAUAACAAUUUACCUUGUGCUAUUGAUGCAUGGAAGUCCCUUACAAAAUCUCUGCAUCCUGAAAUCAUUUCCCCAACACUUUAUGGAAUAUAGUGUUAGUUAUUCUUUGCAGACAUCUCAUCCACACAGAAAACUUGUGUGAAAUAAAUUUUUUUUUUACUUUUUUUGGUAAUAGUGUUACUAAUACUAACCACUUGGUUUUUACAUUCCUCAGAUAAUCCAUAGAGACUGAGCUUCUAGUUUUCUCUGUAGAUGUCACACCACUGGAUUAUGUGUUUCACCCAGCUGUAACUCAGCAUGUCUCAUUCAUUUAAAUUGUAAUGUCUCCAGCCUUGAGCUUAUAAGACAGUUGUGGGAUUAUGCGUAAGAAGAUUUAUUGAAAGAUGUUUAUCAUGGCUAAAUUCAUAUCAUUGCAAAAAUGUGUUGUCAUGAAGAACACCCUAUCAUGCAGACUUUAUAAUAAACCUUGCCAGGUUGUGUAAUGUAUAUGCCUACACAAACAAUGCAUAUCAAUGUGUUUGCUUGAAAGUUUUGAAGAUUCCUUAAAGCUGUACUUAAAAGAUAUGUUCAUAUUCUUCAAAUUGCCUGAUUUUAAUUUUAUGCAUUAUGAUUAAUGCUGGAACCAGCAUGUCACUCAAACAUGAUUUUGUUAUUGCCUUUUGUAUAAUUUUUUUGUUUCAUAUUUAUAUGAGGUAAUAAUGGAUCACCUCCUCAAAGACCACAUUGUUUAAGUGCAUAAAGUGAUGCUUUCAAGAGGCAUAAAGAUCUAGAAGCUGAGUUUUGCCCCCAAAAUGUCAUUUGCCUUCUCAUUUGUAUUAGAAAAUUCCCACAAUCUUCCAAUAAUGAAACUUGCCUUCUCUUUCAUCCUUGUUUCAAUGUUCCUGCACUCCCAUAUAUUGGCACUUGCCCUUUCAUCCAUUUUAAAUAUUUAUCAUUAUUACUGGUACUUGCCUUCUGAAUAGUACUUGUUUGAAAUUUUAUGCACUUUAGUUUAUAAAUUACAUUUUGUGCACAGAGUGUUUUGCUGUAGAAAAAUAGUGCUAGACAACUUUUGAUGUACAGCAAGCUGAGUGAAAAAGUAGACCUGUAUCCCAUUUUUUCAGUUGGGAAGGGGAAUUUUUGUUACUUGCAGCAUGUGGCUUUGAGCAAAAGUGAAAUUACCAUUAUGCCUUUACUACUGCUACUCUUUGACACUGUGUACAACUAUAAAAAUUUAGAAAACUUAAUUAACUUCUGCCCAAUACCUUUUGGUUCCCUGUGUAAAAUACUUAAACCAUCCCUGGCAAAUCAUCUCAGUUCCUCUUCAGUGGGCAUUUAAAGCAAUAGUUUUGAAGGCAACCAUUUUAUGGUAUUGACUUGGUAAAUGCAAACAUUAUUUAUGUGACCAUAGAGUUAUUCCAUGAUUUUACCUUUGUAUCUCUGCUGUUGGACCACUUAAAAUCAUUUCCAGAGAUGAUAUUCCCUUUUCCCCUUUUUAUUUUUUUAGGUUUGUCUUGAUACAAUUUUUUUUUCAGUACUGUGACAGAUAAGUUAUUCACUGACAAGAGCUGAUUGUACCAGAUAACGACUCGUUUCAGCAUACUAUAGUAUUUUGUGUAAGACUUUUAAGUAAGAUUAUUAUUUUUGAGAUGUUUCACAUAAUUAUCAUGAAAUCUGUGACUGUGUUUCUAGACAUAUAACAUAGACUGAAAUAACUAUUUUGUAUGCUCAUGUACCUAAAAAAAAAAUUACAAAAAUAACAUUUUAAAUUUACUGAAGUUAACAAUUUUUGUACUUUAUCAUUAACAACAUUUAUUCAUGAGCGGGAGAUGCAAAAUGGACAUUCUAUACCUAGCCCAUACCUUAAUUAUAAAGUGAAAUAUAAGGGAAUCCCCCAAAAGUGCUCUAAUAAGUAUUAAUUAAGGUUGUCUACUGAAUUACAGUUUAUGUACAUUUAUGUACUUAGUUUUUCAGCCAUAAAGUCAGUUAAACACAGUUCCUUAGGUUUUUUUUUUAAAUCCUUACAACAAGCAGAAGUUUUGGAUGGGUUUUGGCUUGAUGAGGUAGCUAGGAGUCAUUUAUUAAUUUUUUUAAUGGGUUUUCAAAGUUCAGGGCACAUUUUUGUUUGCUCACUUUCCUCUUUUACAAUUAUAUUUUGGAAGGACCAGUCAGAUGAAAUGGAAGCCAGCAACUUAUCACUGGCAGUUCAGUUCUUAAUUUUGUUGAUCAAAUAUUUUUUUAAAAGCUUGAUGUCUGUAAAAGCACAGUUCUUGAACUAACAGCAUUAAGAUUUCUAUCUUUAUGUACGGAUGUCACACUGGUAGGUUUUAAUUUUAUCUAUUGAAAAACAGCUGUAACUAACAGUUUUGGAAGGAUUUUCCAUUUUAAAGCUAGCAAUCUACAGAUAAUUUUCAAACAGUGUUUAGGGGUUGAGUGACUGAAAUGAUGUGAGGGUUUUUUUUUUAAGCUUAAAGUGCGGAAAGAGAAUUACUAUGAACAGUACAUGUGUAAAAGCAUGACUUCACAAGUGCUAACCUUCAGGCACAUUUGUGUGCUCAUUUUUUAUGUACAAGCUUAUUUAACAUCUUAGUGUGAUUCCAUUAACAAUUUUUUAAUGGGUUGAUAUUGAUUUUUGUAAAAAUGUAUAUAAUUUUAUUAAUGAGAUCCUGAACCAGUACAAAUACUAUUGUUUUAAUUUAUGAUACAAGCAGGUUGCAGACUUUGUGAGUGGGAUGCCUGCAUAUAUUUUUGUUUGAAUCUGCAUGACCUGUCAGUAGUUGGGGAGUCUGCAUGAGUGAUUACAAAACUUUUGAAAAAAAAUAAUAAAAAAAGACUUUAAACAUCAA